UUAGGUAGGCGCUCCUUGUUGCCGGAUUCCUUCUUUCUUUCGAGCGCUCGCACGGUAGCACUAGCACCAACCGAACAAUUAUUCAGGGGCGUCUCUUCUUCUUCUUCUUUAAAUGGCUCGCUGGUUCCAUUUCGUUGCCGCGAACUGAAGGAGGAGCUAGCAUGUAUCCCGCGCGAGGGGCACACGCGAGCCAGCCGCAACAGCAACAGCAAGGCCAGCACCGUGCGAGUUAGGGAGGGAGAUGGGUUGCUAUCCCCUGCGCGUGAUCGUCUCCAAAGCGCUUGGGAAGUGCAACGGGCGCGAGCGAUGGAUGGAGGACCAGAGGAUGGACUACGCCAUGGCCUACCCUCCCGGCCCACACCCAGAGACGCUCUACAUGCGGCCCGUGGCGCGCACCGUCGCCUUCAGCGGCACCAACUCCGUGAACAUGAUCCCGCCAAACCCCCCGCCACCGCAGCAGCAGCAGCAACACCCAGAGCCCCAGCCCCAAGCACCGCCACCCCAAUCGCAAGCGCCACCACCCCAGCACGAGCCCCAGCCGCAACCCGAGCAGCCCGCGCCCGCGCCGGAGGAAGGCGCGCCGCCGCCCGAGCAGCAGCCGAGGCAGCCGAAGCGAGGCAAGAAGAAGCCGCCGCGCCGCGUCCGGUUCGGCCCCGAGCCACCACCACCACCGUCGCAGCAGCAGCAGCAAGAACACCAGGAGCAACAGCAGCAACAAGAACAGCAGCCGGAGCACGCGCCGAACGGCAACCCGGGCAGCGGCGCGCCGGGACACCACGGCCAGCAGGGCCGCGGGCCGCCGGGGUACCUGAGGUACACGCCGUCGCCGCUGCCGAGGUGGGAGGCGACGCCGAGGCGGCACGAGUACUUCUCCGGCGAGUACCGGUACAGCUACCCGACGCCGGUGCGCGAGGGCAUCUACAGCAUGGCCACCGACGCCAACCGCCUCACCACCAUCUUCAGCGAGGAGAACCCCAACGCCUGCGCCAUCGUCUGACUCCCACCCUGAGCGCUUGAAGUCGGCGGGCCGGCCGGCGAGGAAUGAGGUUCUCCAUCGCGCCGUACUUCCAUUAGCUCUUUGCACCGCCUGAUUGGAGGGAGGAGAAUCCGGUUCCCUUCUCGUAGGUGUAUGUUGAAAGGGGGAAUAGUUGGGUGGUAUGACACGAUGAGAUGAACAUUCGCGUUGUUUGGAUUCGGCUCGUACGAUAUUACUUUCAUGAUGCUCUUUUCGCGCGUUCUCUUGCAAA